AUGUACGCAGUUGAUAUUCUUACCGAAGAUUUUCAUGUUGAUAUUAUUCAUGGAUUCAGAGAUAGUUUUUAUCAUAUAUGUUGCAACCAUUAUGACAUGGAGAUCGAUGUAUCUGAGGACAUGAUUUACUAUAUUGAACUUGGAGAUAUCAAAAGAUCAAACCUGGAUAUGACUGAUGUUGAAAUUUUUGAAGAAAAUGCUUGCGCUCAUGAUAUGACAGUUGACUGGAUCGGACGUCGUAUAUUCUACGUCAAGUCGAAUAACAUCAUCCAGCAAAUUUCUUUAAACAGCAAAAAUUCAAGCGUUAUGAGAUUUACACCGGGCUUAAAAUUUAAUAUGAUCACAUUUGAUCCAAUCAAGGGGUAUCUUUUCUCAGCAGAAGAAAAAUAUCAUAAAAUUUGGAUAUGGAGUAGGAUUUCAAAUAAUGAUCACGUUUCAUCAGUUUCUCUUGAGUCAAACGCAUAUGAUCUUACUCUUGACAUGGGUGAAGAGAAGUUAUAUUGGCGAGUUUCCGAUGACACUGUGUAUUCAUCACGAAUAAAAGUAUUUGGAAAUUUUGUAUAUGUCAUAAAUAGUGCAAAGAAAGGCAUAGUAACGGCCUAUAACACAACAGAUAACUUGACUUAUAACUUUUCCAUCCCUGUGGCUGUGAGUGAUGGUCAUCAUGGUAUGGCUGUAGUACAAAGCACUAGUGUAGUGUCAAAUGUGACAAAACCCUUCAAUUUUCCCAUAUGUGGAUCCAACACAUACUACAACAAAGUUGAUGAAACAUUAGAAUGCAAAUGUAUGGAAGGAUAUGAAGGAGAAUGUAAUUCAUGUACAGAGAUAUGUAAGACAGACAUGGUUCUUCUCCUUGAUACAUCAUACUCUAUUGGCAAACACAACUUUGAUAGGAAAAUAAAACCGUUUCUAAAAAAGUUGGUUUUCAGUCCUAAGCUCAAACGAUAA